AUGCCCGCCCUCUCAACCCUACACGGCGCCACCUCCACAAUCCUCUCCAACCUCUUCAUCAACCUCCCCCUCCCACAACCAACCCCGCACCUCCCCCACCAAACCAUGAUCGUCACCGGCGCCAACACCGGUCUGGGCCUCGAAACCAGCCGCCACCUCCUGCACAACGGCCUGGGCAAACUCAUCAUGGCGGUGCGCAACCUUGAGAAGGGACAUGCGGCGCGGCAGGAAUUGGUUCUUGAGGGUGUGAGGAGGGGGGGAGAUAGGGAGAGGGAAGAGGGGAGGAUUGAGGUGUGGCACCUUGACAUGGACAGCGCGAAAUCGGUUCAGGCUUUUGCGGCGCGGUGUGGGGGAUUGGGGAGGGUGGAUGGGGUGUUGGCUAACGCGGGGAUUAUGACGGGGACGUUUCGGUAUAAGAAACGGACGCAAGCGUUUGAGCAGACGCUGACGGUGAAUGUGCUGCACACGAUGCUGUUGGCGGUGUUGUUGCUGCCGGUGUUGCGGGCGUCGUAUGCGAGGACGGGAUAUGCGCCGAGGUUUGUGGUGCCGAAUAGUGCGUUGCAUUAUUUGGCGCCGUUGGGGGAUGGAAGCGAAAGUGACACCCCCAUCCUCACCCGCCUCAACAACCCCGACCUAUCCCUCAUGUCCGGCCGCUACCCCCUCAGCAAACUCCUCGUCCUGUAUGCGGUACGCGAACUCGCCUCGCGCACUUCACAGACAGACCUCCCCGUGAUAAUCAACACCCCCAACCCAAGUUACUGCGUCUCUGGGCUCGCUCGGGAGCGGGCCGGAAACGCAGCAGAACGGACAGCAGAAAAGUGGAUUGCGCGGUCGACUGAGGAAGGGAGUAGGACGUUGUAUCAUGGGUUGGUUGUUGCUGGGGGGGAGAGCCAUGGGGGAUAUUUGACGAAUUGUCAUGUUCAGGAACCCGCCUGCCAUGUAACAAAUCAGUGGGGGCAAAAGGUCCAAAAGCAGUUUUUCGAGGAGCUGCUGGCGACGCUGGAGAAGAUCCAGCCGGGGAUUUCGGCGAAUAUUUGA